AUGUCCUUCCAGGCUCCGCUCCCUUCAGAUUCCCGUUCCCCCCGCGACCCUCAAAAUCCACACGGUGGCCUUUCUGGACUCGGCUUUUCUUCAAACCCAGUUGGGGGCUUUUUUGAAACCGAGCGCACCCUACCAAUGUAUAAAGACAAACCCUACUUUACACCACGACGAACGGCUCCAAGGCGGCGAUGGAAGCGCAUUGCCAGUCUCCUCGCCCUGUGCGCUUUAAUAUUUUUUUGGUAUAACAAGUCAUCUAUUCCAUCUUUACAGGGGGCAGAUGCAGGAGAAAGAGGAGCACGGCUCUGGAAGUGGGCACAGACACUGGAAGAUGAAGUGUCCCCCAAACAGGUCGAUUGGGAUGCGCGUCGCGAGAAAGUGCGGGACACUUUCAUCGUCAGCUUCGAAGGCUAUGAACAAGAUGCAUGGGGCUUUGACCAAUACAGCCCGUCCUCUAGGAACAACAAGAACAUGGUGGAAGGCGGUCUGGGCUGGAUGAUCGUCGACUCUUUAGACACCAUGAUUCUCAUGAACCUGACAUCUCAGGUUCGUCAUGCCCGCCAGUGGAUCUCCACUUCGCUGCGGUAUGAUCAAGACCAUGAUGUGAAUACGUUUGAAACAACAAUUCGCAUGUUGGGUGGUCUGCUGUCUGCCCACUACUUGUCUAACCAGUACCCAAAUCUUGCCCCGGUUGCGGAUGACGAUGUCGGUGCUGCCGGAGAAGAUCUGUACAUUGAAAAAGCUACCGAUCUGGCGGAUCGGCUGCUUGGAGCAUUCGAAUCAAAUUCUGGAAUUCCAUUUUCCAGUAUCAACCUCAAUACGUCUCUUGGGAUACGAUCGCACUCUGAUGGUGGUUCCGCAUCCACAGCUGAAGCGACCACUGUGCAACUUGAGUUCAAGUAUUUGGCGAAAUUGACCGGAGAAGCCGAGUACUGGAAGGUUGUGGAAAAAGUAAUGGAAGUUGUUGACGGACAAAACCCAGAAGAUGGGCUAGUUCCUAUAUUCAUUCAUCCAGACUCUGGACAAUUUAAAACGAAGAAUAUUCGCCUCGGAAGUCGAGGUGACUCAUACUAUGAAUACCUUAUUAAGCAAUAUCUUCAGACAUCCGAACAGGAGCCUAUUUAUAAGGAAAUGUGGGAUGAGUCAUUGCAGGGUAUACGCAAGCACCUUCUUGCCUUCUCUAAAAAUGCCCAGCUGAUGGUAUUGGGUGAACGACCUCGAGGCUUAGAUAAUAGCCUUACCCCGAAGAUGGACCAUCUCGUAUGCUUCAUGCCCGGGACAAUUGCGCUAGGAGCUACUGGAGGCCAGCCGCUGUCCAAGGCUAGACAGUCCUCUGACUGGUCUCAACAGCGCGAGGAAGAGAUUCUAAUCUCCCGCGAGCUCAUGAAGACCUGCUGGGCAACCUACCUAAAUACUCGCACUGGCCUUGCUCCUGAGAUUACUCAUUUUGUUCUGGACGAAUCACCAGUCAUGAUGGCAGAUAAAUAUGCGGAUCCUGCCAAUUCUGCUACGGAAGCACCGUAUGAAUUGCAAGGCAUCUCCCUUCCGCUAACCCUACAGGAAGACGGCCAUGAGCCAUGGAGAAAGGAUAUCGACAUCCACGCAAUGGACCGCCACAACCUUCAGCGUCCUGAGACAGUUGAAUCACUCUUCUACAUGUAUCGCAUUACAGGCGACGAAAUAUAUCGGGAAUGGGGAUGGGAUAUGUUCAAGGCCUUUGUUCGACAUACAGCGGUAGUUGAGACCGUGACUUCGACAAUCGCUGGGCUAAGUUCACCGCCCUAUGAGCGCAUCAAGAGUUUCACUUCAGUGGGUAACGUCGAGGCGGUUCCUCCGGAAACGCGAGACCGAAUGGAGAGUUUCUGGCUGGCAGAGACUCUUAAAUAUUUCUAUCUCUUAUUUUCGGAUCGUGAUUUCAUCUCGCUUGAGGACCAUGUCUUCAAUACUGAAGCGCAUCCAUUCCCGCGGUUCAAGCCCAGUGGAGAGUUGAAGACUGGGUGGGAGCGGAAACACUGA